AUGCCAGCUCCAUACAAGAAAGGUUCCGAGAAGAAGGGUGCUACCCUGUUCAAGACCAGAUGUCUACAGUGCCACACCGUCGAGAAGGGCGGACCACACAAGGUCGGUCCUAACUUGCACGGUGUCUUUGGCCGUAACUCCGGCCAGGCUGAGGGCUACUCCUACACCGACGCUAACAUCAAGAAGAAUGUCCAGUGGUCCGAGCAGACCAUGUCUGACUACUUGGAAAACCCAAAGAAGUACAUCCCAGGUACCAAGAUGGCCUUCGGUGGUUUGAAGAAGGAGAAGGACAGAAACGACCUGAUCACCUACAUGGUUAAGGCCUGCAAAUAA